CCAAUUUGUAGAAUAAUAGCACGUUCGUUCUCGUUUCUCUCUCACUGCCGACGCCGUCUGCGAUUUCCUAGUCUCUUUCUUUUUGCGUUUCCUGGCUUUUUGUUUUGGCAGAAGAUCUCCAAAUCUCCGAAUUAUUUCUUAUCCGCCGUUUAUUGAUUUUUACCUCCAAAAUAUGAAUGUAUGAAACUUGUCAUAAAUAACAAUAAUAUGCGUAUAAAUGUUGGGGUCUUGCGGCCAGAAGCCGUCUCCAUCUAAGCUCUACUCUUUGCUUUCCUUUUGACCCCUCAGUACUUUCACUCUCCCAUUUCCUCUUCACCUCAAAGUUCAAACCCAAAUAAGAAAACCUUUUCCAAAACCCCACCAAAACCCGAUUUCUCUUUCGGGCUUUUUUCACUUUCUUCUUGUUGUUAUUUAUACGUUUCAUCUGCAUGCCCUUGGUCGAGACUCUCAACUUCGGAAGCAACUAUGGCCACCGCUCCGCCGAUUGGGUUCUUGGUGCCUUUGAAUCGUAAUUUGGAGGAAGAAAAUAAAUCUUCAGUUCCCAAGAUACCAAUCUUCCGUGGCAUCACUUAUGUCGGCCGCGACUGCAUUCCCGCCACUGACAAGCGCCUCAGCCGGAGACAUCUCGCCGUUAAUGCCUUCGGUGAUGGCUCUGCAGAUAUCGUCGUUGAAGGAACAAACCCGGUUGUCUUAAGGUCCAAAGAUGAGAGAAAGAAGCUUUUGUCUGGUGAAAAAUGGAAAAUUCAAACUGGUGAUGUUAUUGAGCUGAUACCUGGGCAUUACUUUUUCAAGUAUGUGCCUGUCACAAAUAACAAAGUUGAAAAGUUCAGUUCUAGAGAGAAAAGGCCUUUGAAUGAAGAAAGUAGCAAGGGCAAAGACCUGGCUCUUAGUAGGAAGAGAACGCAAAAAAUUCCAGAGGAAGAGGAGGUUCUUAGAAGUUCAAAUGAUGUGCUGGGUGAUUAUAAUGGGACAAACACUUCCUCAGAGGGCAUACGACAAUUUCAAAUUUCUAAAGAUAAGUUGCCCUCAACCUUUAGACUAUUGCGAGUGAAAGAGUUGCCAGAGUGGGCAAACACAAAUGCUGUUUCCAUCAGUGAUGUGAUUCAGGGAGAUGUGCUUAUAGCUAUCCUAUCAAAUUACAUGGUCGACACUGAUUGGCUACUCUCUGCAUGUCCGAUUCUUAGAAGAGUCCCUCAUGUCCUAGUUAUUCAUGGUGAAGGUGAUGGUACGCUCGAGUAUAUGAAGAGAAACAAGCCUUCUAACUGGAUUCUCCACAAGCCUCCGUUGCCCAUCUCAUACGGAACACACCAUUCAAAAGCCAUGCUUCUUGUCUAUCCUCGAGGCUUGCGAGUCAUUAUACACACAGCUAACUUGAUAUACGUGGACUGGAACAACAAAACCCAGGGUUUGUGGAUGCAAGAUUUUCCAUGGAAAGAUCAUAAUAGUACUAGUAAUGGACAUGGAUUUGGAAAUGACCUAAUUGAGUAUCUGGGUGCACUGAAGUGGCCUGAAUUCAACGCUAACCUACCACCUCUUGGCAGCUUCAGUAUAAAUCCCAAUUUCUUCAAGAAAUUUGAUUACAGCUCUUCCUUGGUCAGACUCAUUGCAUCUGUCCCUGGAUAUCAUUCAGGCUCCAGUUUAAGGAAAUGGGGACAUAUGAAGUUACGAACUGUUCUGGAGGAGUGUACCUUUGACAAGCAGUUUGAGAAGUCUCCUCUUGUUUAUCAGUUUUCUUCACUUGGUUCUUUGGAUGAGAAAUGGAUGGCUGAGCUAGCUAAUGACAUGACAGAAGACAAAAGUCCUUUGGGUCCUGGGAAGCCCUUGAUAAUAUGGCCAUCUGUGGAAGAUGUCAGAUGUUCCUUGGAGGGUUAUGCGGCUGGGAAUGCCAUUCCAAGUCCAUUAAAGAAUGUUGAGAAAGAGUUCCUAAAGAAGUAUUGGGCAAAAUGGAAGGCAAGCCACACAGGUCGCUGUCGUGCAAUGCCUCAUAUAAAGACAUUCACACGCUACAAUGGACAAAACCUCGCAUGGCUACUACUUACCUCUGCAAACCUUAGCAAAGCUGCCUGGGGAGCUCUCCAGAAAAACAAUUCUCAGUUAAUGAUCCGUUCGUACGAGCUUGGAGUGCUCUUUUUGCCUUUCUCCAGGAAACAUGGGUGUGCCUUUUCUUGUACAGAUGAUGGGCAUAUCUCAGAGGAUAAAUUGACAGCGUCGAGAAGUUCCGAGGCGAAAAAACUGAAACUUGUCACGUUAGCUUGGAAUGAAAACCAAAAUGAAGAACUUAGUGAAGUUAUUAAAUUACCCGUGCCCUACGAACUUCCUCCAAGACCAUACUCCCCUGGAGAUGUACCCUGGUCCUGGGACCGACGUUAUUCAGAGAAGGAUGUGUACGGUCAAGUUUGGCCCAGGCAGGUAAAGCUGUAUGCCAGUCAAGAGUCCUGAUUUACAGCAGAUUUCAUGUUACAGCGCUAUCCAGAAAUGUUUCAUGGACUCCCCAAGUGCUGGCAACCAAACAUGGCUGUUAAACCAUUCAAAAGAGCCACAAAUUCUAGCACCCUUCCCUGCCCGGAGAUGCGUAUUGAAGAUUUUCUGCCUGGCCAAUUUAAUCUUGUCCGGAUAGUUGAUGAGCAUAAUUAGAGGUUCAUAAUUAAUGUUCUGUUCACCUGGAGUGUGGCAUGAUGCCAUGACCAGGAUUCUUCUGUGUUGCUAUCUAAACUGAUUGUAACAUAUCAUGGAGCUCGUACUUGCAUGUUUUGUUAUGUACAUUAAUGUUGACCGAUUAAUGAAAGAUUUUAUUCUCAA